CACAAAGAGAACAGUACUAAAGACUUGAUUUUGUAAAAUGUCAAAAAAAGAAAUAGGAAACUUUGAAGCAUAGAGGAAAUGGGAUUAAGAUAACGAAUGCAUUAAAGUUUUGAUUAUUUAAGAAAUAAAGAUCAUAAUUUAGAUAGUUUUAUGAA